AUGCUGGACGGCUUACUGCGGUAUACUUCCAUGCCCACGUAUCUUCCCGUCAACUACCAGCUCCUCAAUGCUGAGCAGGCAUUCUUCUUGAAGGAGGCCAACCAGGACUUCAUGAGAAACUCCAGUCUAAUGUCUCGUACUGAAUCUUUUUUCAUUCACCAGGCCAGACGUUUGCCUUUGGUCAAUGCCAGCUACGGUCCCCUCUCAGUGGUCCAACCCAUUCCCUUAGAACUACUGCAGACUCCUGGAACUUUUCCCACCUCCUCCCUUUUCACAUUCAACUGGAAGGUACAAACUUUCAUUAUGAAUACUAAAAUUCACCUUGCCAAGCCAAAAGUGCAGGUACUUUUUAAUAUCGUGGGGAGAAAUUGGGACGACUAUAGCACGAUAGACAACUUACCCUGUGUGCACAUGUUCGCAUUUCAUGAAACGCAGGAAGUCCGGGGCAGUUGCCAUCUCAAGGGGGGGACAGAGGGGUCAGGACUGUGUGUGGCUGAACUUGAGCCCCUUGCCAGUUGGUUUAGCCCCCCCAGUGUUGUGCCAGGACGCCAAAAAAACAUAGAGGUCUCUGAAGGCACCCCUGUGGAGCUCUACUACACGCUGCAGUCCCCGGAAGCUGGGGAAUGCCACUCCGAAGAAGCUAGGAAGGAGAGUUUUAUCCGCUCAAGCCAAGAAGGGAUGUUUGGAUCGUACACCUCGACACCCUUGAGAAGGAUUGGAGGGGUGAGGCUCUACCAGAACCCGGUGCCCCCGCCCCUCUCCGAGCGCAGGCUGGAUAAUAACUUUGUGGUCCUGGUGCCGGCUACACCCAUGAGACAGAAGGAGACCGUCUCUGCCUUUAUCAGUGUGGCUGCUUACUCGCCCGUGGAGAUGUUUACUCUCAGAGUCAAGCUCAAAGAAGGAGUGACAUUUCUGGGGGCUCGGCCCAGCAACCCCACACAGUGGAUGGUGAGCCAGGACGUGAGGACAGAGGGGCACCGUGUGGUGACUGUGCACUGCCGCAGGAAGGAGGUCACCUAUGACCAAAGUGCAGAAGCUAUGGGAGUUCAGAGGGUUCUCCAGGUGGAUCUGAAAAUGGAGAGUUUCCCGGAGCUGUUGGGCAGCCGCAGGAUGGCCUGGCAGGUGGAGUACCCGUCCAGCCGCAGCAGCACACAGGAGGUGGAGACUGAGAUCACACUGGCACAGGAGGAGCUGGCGGGCAUCGUGCCUUUAGCCAUGGAGUCGGAGAUCCUGAACACGGCCAUCCUCACAGGGAAAACUGUGUCUGUCCCUCUCAAAGUGGUGACAAUCGGAGUGGACGCCUCCUUCAGAGAUGUGUCUCAGAAUGUGUCAUGUGUGUCCACUGAUGAAGAUGUGGUCAAGGUGUCAGGCCGAUGUGACUAUGUCUAUGUGAGUGGGAAGGAGAUGAAGGGCAGAGUAAGGAUGAUGGUGAACUUCACCUAUGGAUAUUUGAGUGCUCAGCUGGAGCUCAGCGUGUGGAUCCCUCGGCUGCCCCUUCUGAUGGAGGUCUCCGACACAGAGCUGAGUCAGAUCAAAGGCUGGAGGGUGCCUAUUACAGCCAGCACUCAGAGAGCGGCCAGGGACAGUGAGGAUGAGGAGGAUGAAGACAAGCGUGGUCGCAGUUGUACCUUACAAUACCAACAUGCAUUGGUGAGGAUCCUUACGCACUUUGUGGCCGAGUCGGAGACGCGGGGACAGAGCAGCUACAUGCUGGGCAGUGACUGGCAAGUAGACAUCACGGAGCUUGUAUGGGACUUCCUCAAAGUGGAGGACGAGCACAUUGUACAGCUCAUUGACAGGAGGACUCUGGCGGGCAGAGGCCCCGGCAUGACCUCUAUACAGGUGCUGUCCCCACUGUCUGACUCGAUCCUGGCAGAGAAGACCAUAACAGUGGCAGAAGACAAAGUGAGCAUCACAGAGUUAGGGGUCCAGCUGGUGACUGGACUGUCCAUGAACCUCCAGCUCAGCACAGGGAGUAACCGAGCCAUACUGGCCACGACAGCUACACAGGAGGUGCUCACAAGUCUAAAGCAGGAGGCCCUGAUCAGUGCCUGGCUGCAGUUCAGUGAUGGCUCAGUUGCUCCCCUGGACCUUUACAACUCAGAGUUCUUCAUCCUCACUGCCACAUCUCUGGACGAGGAGGUGAUCACAGUGCACCAAGACCCCUCGUGGAAGUGGCCCAUUAUUGUUACUGAAUCUGAGGGUCAAGGACUGCUGGUCAGGGUGGAGAUGACAGUUUGUGAGAUGUGUCAAAAAUAUAAACGCCGCAGUGUUUUGGCAGCAGGCAACUGUAACAUCCGGGUGCAGUUUGGGCGUGAUGAUAGGAGCAGGGAUUACGACGAAAUGGAGGCUCGAGGAAGGCCUUCACAGGACCGGACUGGCACUGGCACGCUCUACUAUGGCAGCUCUAUUUCCGACAUGGAAGAUGGAGUGCUACGCAGAGCUACCACCACAAAAAGUGCAAUUAUGCGCCGACCCAAUGGGAAUAAGCUUUCGGAUGAUAGCAGUCAGGGGGACUUCACAGACUUCCCUGCUCAAGUGGACCUGCCCCGUGGACGCAACACAGAGGAUGAUCUUAUAACAGCGCGAGGACUUACAGACUUGGAGAUUGGGAUGUAUGCUCUUUUAGGGGUCUUCUGCCUUGCCAUUUUGGUGUUUCUCAUCAACUGCAUAUCAUAUACUCUGAAAUAUCGCCACAAGGAGCUUUCAAUUGAAGGACAAGAGACCAUGAACCAUUCUCACGACUGGGUGUGGCUUGGUAAUGACGCUGAACUUCUAGAAAGUCAGAUUAGUUUGUCCCCUCAGCAAGAAGAGCAGACUUCCAUGAUUGACUCAAGCAGUGGGCUUGAGGAAGGGAGCCACUUACUCAAUGGAGGUACAGCACAGAAAAACAUCCAGGGUCAAGUGCACCGAACAUGUGACACUGGGGGCAAGGACAGCAAAGGGGACUCUCCAACUACUAAAAGGAAGAGAGUGAAAUUUACUACAUUUACCACUAUUCCAUCAGAGAGUAGCUACCCCGCUGUGAGCACACUGACUAGCAGCCAUAGCCAAGACAUUAAGUGGGUGUGUCAAGACGUGGAGCUAGAGGGCGCCAAGGAGUUACGCAAUUACAUGGAGAGGCUAAAUGACAGUGCACUGAUGAAAGAUGUGGCGUGAUUUCGUUGAACACUUGUAAUAAGCUCACCCUUUUGCCUUUCAGGGGGAAGUUAGCAAAUUAUAGAUCAAACAAAAACUGCCAAAGCCACAUGGACAUUGAUGACAUGAAUCUAUGGACACUGGAAGGAUUUAUUUAUAUUUCCCUUUGUACCAUACAGGGUUAUAGUAGAGUAAUAACACUAGAACUAAUGCAAUUCAUAUAAAUGGACUGUCAAUGAGCAGAAGAUGGAUGUUUAAACAUUUUAAAGUGUACACAUUAAAAAUGAUUUGAAUUUUGUAAAAAAAAAAAAAAAAAAAAGGA